AUGGGCCGCCCCCCGCCGCCGCCGCCGCUCCGCCUGCUCCUGGUCCUCCUCAGCAUCCUCCUGCCGCCGCUGCUGCUGGCCGGGAUCGCCGCCGGUGCCGGGACCCGCCGCGCCCCGCCCGCCAGCCCCACAUGCGCGGCCUCACGCCAAGCCGCCUGUGGUGCCGGCUGCAUCCCCGUUCCCUGGCUCUGCGAUGGCGAGCAGCAGUGUCCCGACGGGACGGACGAGCAGUGCGAUGUUGCCUGUGGCGGAGACCCCCAUGUUUGGCAGUGUGAUGACGGCCGGUGUGUUUCUAGCAGCUGGCGUUGCGAUGGUGCUGCUGACUGCCUGGAUGGCUCUGAUGAGCAGGACUGUGUGUGUGGGGCAAAGAAGGUGCAGUGUCCCGGCACCCACCACUGCAUCCCACACUGGGAGCUGUGCGAUCGGCACCAGGACUGCGAGGAUGGCUGGGAUGAGGAGGGGUGUCCCCAGCAGCCCUGUCUGCCUGGGCAGUGGCAGUGCAGGAACAGGGUGUGCAUCAUGGCCGAGUGGAAGUGCAACGGGAUUGACAACUGUGGUGAUUCCUCAGAUGAAGAUGUCUGUGCCCCCUGCCCUCCUGGCAUGGUGCGGUGCGACGAGGGGAAGUGUAUCCUGGAGUCCCUGAUGUGCAAUGAUGAGGAUGACUGCCUGGACGGCACCGACGAGCCCAGCACAUGUGGUCGGAGCUGCUUCGUACGCAACGGGGGCUGCGCGGAGACGUGCACUGACACGCACUGGGGAGUGCAGUGCUCCUGUGGGGCCGGCUGGGUGCUGCAGGCUGAUGGGCAGAACUGUGCUGAUGUGGACGAGUGUUCCCUGGAGUACAGCCCCUGCAGCCAGCUGUGCAGCAACACCCCGGGCGCUUUCAGCUGCGCCUGCCUCCAGGGCUACACCCUGUGGCAUGGCACCACCUGCGAAGUGGCAGACAACGCGACGCAGAUCCUGGUGGCCGUGGGGCAGGACCUGGCCCUUCUGGAUGUGCGGACCCAAGCCUACCGGCCCCUGCUCUCCACUGAUACCAAACCCCGUGCCCUGGUGUACGACCUGCUCCGAGAAACCUACUACUGGCUGACAGAGGAGGGCGAGCUCCGGGCUCAUCUCCCAGGGAAGGGCACGCAGCCCCUCUAUGCAGAUGCCGGGGAGGUGAACAGCAUCUCUGUGGACUGGUUCACAGGCCAGCUGUACUGGGCCAGUAGUCACCCUGCAGCCAUCUGCGCGGGGCUGGGCGAUGGCAGGGGCUACGUGACAGUGCUGGGGAAGGACGUGGCACCGGAGCAGCUGACAGUGCAUCCAGCUGCAAGGUCCCUGUACUGGGUCAAUCGCGGGCAGAGGGGCCGAACAGUCAUUGCUGCAGCUGGCAUGGAUGGCUCAAACCGGCGGGAGCUCACAGCGGUGUCCAUGGAGGAGCCUGUGGGGCUGAGCCUGGACCAUGUGGCUGGCAGGCUGUACUGGAUCAGCGAGUACAAGGAGUCCAUCGAGACGCUGCAGGUGGAUGGCAGCGGGCGCCACUCCUUUCCCGCUGUCCUGCGGAGCCACACGGAGCCACUGGGCCUGGCUGUGUUUGAGAGCCGGUUCUUCUGGACUGAUGGCACAGAGCUGGUGUCGGCCACCCGGGUCUCUCCCCAGGAGCAUGCAGUGUUGCUCCGUGCCCCUGUCUCGGCUUUCACUGUCCUGCAUGCGCUGCAGCAGCCUCCCCGGGACACUGCUGCAUGUGCUCCGGGCCUGUGCAGUCACCUUUGCCUUCUGUCCCCUGUGCACCCUCGGGGCUACAAGUGUGCGUGUCCGGAGGGCCUCUUCCUCCUGCCCUCGGGGAAGUGCGCAGAGCUGUCCAUCGUGUAUGCGUCGGGGAAGGCCAUCUCCCUGGUGCAGGUGGGCCCUGGAGCACACAGAAAACGGGUGCAGGAGUGGCAGGAGCCCCUCCACCUGCAAGACGUGGACUGGCAGAGGUCGGUGCUCUACGGGACGGAUGACCAUGGGACGCUGCUGCGUGUUGUGGGGCACCCUGGCAGGAGAGAGGCCAUUGCAACUGGGCUGCCAGUCUGCUCUGCCCGUGUGGACAUCCGCUCGGGGGACCUGUACUGGCUCGCGUGUAACCGGAGGGACAUCGGGGUGAUCCAGGUGUCUGACAUGUCCCCACGCAUCCUGCACCGUGCUCGCAGCAGCAUCCAGCACCUCUUCUUGGACUGGCAGCGGGGCGCUCUGUACUGGUUAGCCCGUGGGCAGCCCCUGCAGCAGCUGAGCCUGGCUGGGGGUGCUCCGUGGGAUGCCUGGAAUGAGACCUGGCCUGGAGACCUGCCUGCAGCUAUGGAUAGCAGAGCCUUCAGCCUGCUCUGGAGCUCAGUCCUGGGCCUACGGGCACUGAGUCUGACCAAGCGGCAAGCAGUCACCCUGGCACCCAGCUGGUCCCACGGCCUUGUGGCUGCCUUCGAACCAUACCUGGUGUCAGCAAACGGGACAGCUCUGCUGCUGUGGGACCGGAGGACGCUGGCCCUUGUGCUGUCCAUGCCGGCAGCAGGCGUGCAGGGAGUGGUGGCCUUCGUAGGCUCGGAGCUGCAGGCUGUGCCACCAAGCAAGGAGUCUGCCCUGCCGCUCCCUCCACCUGUGACCACCACUAUGAAGACAACCACAAGUACCACUGCUGCUCGGCCCACUACCUCCACCACAAGACCUACACCAAGCAUGACCACUACUGUGCCCACCACUACUCGUGCACCAACCAGCAAGGCUACCACAUCACCAACCACCACCAGCCAGUCCACAUCAACCAAGACCACUCCAGCGCCAACCACUGCCCGGACCACACCAACCAAGACCACCACUGUGCAACCAGCUGCCACCACCGCCACCACUGCCACCACCACCACCACCACCACCACCACUCAGUCCUUGCCAACCAAGACCACUACCCCACGGCCAACUACUAUCACCCAGCGUCCAACCAGUCCUGCACGGGUAGUGCCGCAUACCCCACCCCUCCCAUCCAGCCCUGCACGACCCCUGACCCCGGUCCUCCAUCUCUCCUGUCCUCGCACACAUGUGCCCUGCCGUGACGGCACCGAGUGCGUGGACCAGGAGUACGUGUGUGAUGGGGAGAAGGACUGUGCAGAUGGCUCUGAUGAGGACGGGUGUGCCCAGCUCUGUGACACCCCAGGGGCCUUCCACUGUGCAAGCGGAGCCAUAUGCAUCGGGGCUGCGGAGCGCUGCGAUGGGGUGCCACAGUGCCCUGAUGCCUCGGAUGAGACAGGCUGCUGGAGCCCCACGCAGGAGUGCGCCCUGCGCUGUGACGCUGCCACCCGCUGCAUCCCUGAGAGCUGGGUGUGUGACGGCCAUGCCGACUGCCUGGACCACACCGACGAGCAGGGCUGUGUGCCAAAGGAGUGCGGUCCGGCUGAGUUCCCCUGCCGGAGCGGGCAAUGCGUGGCCCUGGCCCUGCGCUGCGACGGCGACCGCGACUGCCGGGACGGCUCGGACGAGGAGGGCUGCGCCGUGCCCCGGCCGCUGCUCUGCCGCACGGGUGAGGUGGCGUGUCCCCACAGCGGGGAGUGUGUGCCGGAGGCCUGGCGCUGUGAUGGUGCCGCCGACUGUGGGGAUGGCACAGACGAGCAGGGCUGUCCCUGGGAGGAAGGGCUGUGUGGGGACCAGCAGUGGGGCUGCUCCCAUGGCCACGAGUGCAUCCCUGACGUCUGGCGCUGCGACGGAGAGAGUGACUGCACAGAUGGCAGCGAUGAGGCUGGCUGCCAACCUGCUCCCUGCCAGAGUCACGAGUACACAUGUGGGCUGAGGGCCUGCCUGAAUGCAUCCCUGGUGUGCGAUGGCCAGCAGGACUGCGCAGACGGCUCGGAUGAGGGGGGGAACUGCUCUGUGCCCUGCCAGCGGUCCUGCACUCAUCUCUGCUACCCCUCGCCCCAGGGCCCUCGGUGCUGGUGUGAUCCGGGCUAUCGGCUGGCCGAGGACGGUCUGUCCUGCGUGGACAUAGACGAGUGCAUGGAGCGGGGCGAGGGAGCCUGCAGCCAGACGUGCCUCAAUGCUCCAGGGUCCUACAGCUGUGGCUGUCUCCCUGGCUACCUGCUGGAGCCUGAUGGACGUGUCUGCAAACUCACUGGACCAGAGCCCAUGUUGCUGGUGGCCGUGCAGUCAGAGGUGUUGUCCUAUGGCCUGCGGAGUGGGCGUGAGGAGGUGCUACUGGCUACUGACAAGGAUCGCGUUGUCUUCUCACUCGACUAUGACCUGGUGGAGAGGAAAGUCUUCUGGAUGGACUUGGCCACAGAGAGCAUCCGCUGGCAGGACCUCGACUCGGGCAAGAAAGGCACACUGGUGAAAGGUGUGAGAUCAGACUGUGUAGCAGUGGACUGGCUUGGGAGGAACCUGUACUGGACAGAUGGGGCAGCAGGGCAGGUGCUGGCCACUCGCCUGGGGGCUGCCUGGCGAGGGAUACCAGAGUACACCGUGGUGAUGGAUGGAGACCUGGACCAGCCCCACUCCCUGGUGCUCCAGCCUCUGGCAGGGCUGUUGUACUGGUCAGAGGUGGGGAGCCACCCACGGCUGAUGGAGGCCACCAUGGAUGGGAGUCGGCGGCAUGUGCUGCUGGCCCAGGGGCUGGGUUGGCCCACAGCACUGGCCCUCGACCUCCCCACCUGGAGGAUCUUCUGGCUGGAUGAGAAGCUGGGCAGCAUUGGUUCUGCACGUCUGGAUGGCACCAGUGUGAAGGUCCUGCAGCUGGGCUGGGUCCGGAGCCCCUUCGCAGCGGCGGUGUGCGAGGGGCAGCUCUACUGGUCCGAGAGGAAGGCAUGGUCCGUGCAGCAAGUGGAUAAGGCCAGCGGGAAGAACAGGACCGUGCUGCUCAAGCGACACGGGCAGCCCCACGGCCUCCAGGUGAUGCACCCAGCCCUGCGCCCCGUGGCCCCUAACCCGUGCGUGGCGCGUGGCUGCUCCCACCUGUGCCUGCUGAGCGCCAGGCACGCCGGGCAGUGCCGGUGCCCCGCCAGGCUGACGCUGGCCGACGAUGAGACCACCUGCCUGCCCCUCCGCGAUUCGGCCUUUGCCCUCCUGGUGUCACCGGCAGCCGUGGCACAGGUCUACCUGAAGGACCUGCCCGCAACGGCUGGAUCCCAAGGCCUUCCCCCACACCAAGCCCUGCCCUUGGCCAAGGUGGGCCGCCUGACAGCCGUCGACUACGCAGUGAAAGACAAGAGCCUGUACUUUGCGGAGGUGGGGGGCGACUCCAUCGGGCUGCUGCGCCUGAAGGACCGGGGCCGGCUGUCCUGGAAGCAGGCGGUGGCUGUGGAGGGCACGGUGACGUCCUUGGCCCUGGACUGGCUGAGCGGGAACCUGUACUGGAUCGGGGGGCAGCCGCCCAGCAUCCGUGUGGCAGCUCCGGGGGGGCGGUGGGCCCUGGUGCUGCUCAGCGAGGGGCUGCAGGGCGCUGCCUGGCUGGCGCUGUGUCCUCGUGCUUCCACCAUGUGCUUUGUCACGGCGGCAGGCAGCCGCCGGCCCAGCGCCGCAGUGGAGUGCGCGGCCAUGGAUGGCACCGGCCGCAGAGUGGUCUGGAGGAGAGCCCGGGCUCCCGCUGGCCUCGCCUUCGGGGGUGCCGGCACCCGGCUGUACUGGGCAGACCGCGAGAGAGGUACCAUCAGCAGCGUUGAGCUGGACGGAUCCCGCUUCCGCGUGGUGCGGGAAGGGCUGCACGGCCUCUCGCUCUUUGCCAUCGGAGAAGGCUUUCUGCUCUGGAGCACGACCUCAACCAACGGCUCCAGCAAGAUCUGGCACAGCCGGCUGGAGCGGGCUGAGAGCUGGUGGUUCCCAAUGGAACAGGAGUUGGUAGCUAUAAGGAUUUACAGCCAGUUCUCGCAGGAAGGCACCAACGGCUGUGCGAAGAGCAACGGGGGCUGUGCCCAGCUCUGCCUGCCCAACCCUGCAGGGCGGCUGUGCCGCUGCUCCCCCGGCUACCACCUGGUGCGUGGGGUGGCAUGCAUGCCAGCACCGCCCUGCCUGGCCCCGCUCCAGGCCUGCCCUGACCUCCAGAGCUGCAUCUCCAAAGAGCAGGUCUGCGACGGGCGCCCUGACUGCGUUGACGGCUCCGAUGAGUCUGACUGCCCCUCCAUGGAGAUGGGGACACAGGUCCCCACAGUGGCACCAUCCAGAAUGUCCCAUGUGGAAGAACAGAAACCAGCCUUACCCACAGCUGCACCCAAGCCUCAGCAGCCCAGCCCCAGCCUGCCGGCAGCCCCUGGCCCCCGGGAGCAUGGAGAGCCCUUCCUCGUACCCCCCAGCACUGAGGAGGUGCUGGGGGCUGUGCCGUGCAGCAGUGAGACGUGUAACCUGCGCGGGGACUGCGCCAUCGAGGCUGGGCGAGUGACGUGCCACUGCGCCCUGGGCUAUCGUGGCAACUACUGUGAGGAGGCAGAGGUGAAGCCCGUUGCAGGACCUAUCGCCCUGGGGGUGGCUGUGCUCCUGCUGCUCACUGUCGCUGCUGUGGGGGCCCUGGCCUACAUGCGGAGGCGGGACAGGCGGAGGAGGACCUCAAGCACUGCCUCCACCCGAGUGCUGACCUUGUACCACCGUGAAAGCGAUCCUGAGGAAGAGGAUGAGGAGGAGGAAGAGCUUCCCCCCAAGAGCGAUACCUUUGUGAAUGAAGCUUACGAUGGGAAAGAGGAGCUGCCAGCCCCGCUGAGAAAGGGACCAUCUUGCCCCGACACUGUAUUUUCAUAAAGGAAUGUUGUGCAGC